UUGCAGACUAUGUUUUAAUCUCACUAGCGUGUUGUAACAGCGGUGUUGGGAUUUGUGAGAAAAAAAUUCUGCAGGAAUUCAUGGCUACUGUCGACUGCGUAGUAAAAAAGGAUCAUGAAUUGGCGGUAGUUUGCGGGGAGAGUGAUGAUUCUGUGAACGAGAAGGCAGACCCAUGGGAGCUGCCGGAAUUUACUAGUACAACGAUUUCAUGGGGAGCGUUAUCCACUCGGGGAAAGGUGAAGCGUGCCACGAUCGGAUUUGUGAAAUUCGUUCUUCUAACUGGUAUGAUAUAUUUGUUCAUUUGCUCGCUGACAUUCCUCAGCUCAGCGUUCCGUUUGCUCGGUGGCAAAACUGCGGGCGAGGUAUUCUCGUCAGAUAGCUUGCUCGUUAAUCCAUUGGCCGCCUUGGUUAUUGGCAUCCUUGUGACUGUUGUAUUCCAGAGCUCGUCAACAACUACCUCGAUUGUUGUGGCUAUGGUCUCCUCUGGAAUUAUGCAAGUGGACCAUGCGAUACCAAUUAUCAUGGGCGCAAACAUUGGCACUUCAGUGACAAAUAUUCUUGUGUCGCUUGGCCAUGCUGGUGAGAGGAACCAGUUCCGGCGUGCUUUUGCCGGUGCCACGGUACAUGAUGUAUUCAACUGGCUUUGUGUCCUGAUACUGCUACCGUGCGAAAUUGCAUUUGGCUAUUUGUAUCGUUUGACCAAAGCAAUAAUCGAUGCGUCGGGGGCGAAAGGGGGCGAUCAGGAAACAAAGGUUGAAUUCCUGAAGAAGAUCACAAAACCAUUCACCAACUUGGUAAUUCAGAUUGACCAAAAGGUUCUUGAAGAACUAGCAAAAGGAGAAUUGGAUUCAGAUAAAAGUCUCAUAAAGAGUUGCAAGGAUAAGGUGUAUUUUAAUGCAACAACAAACGAAACUGUGACAGUUCACGUGAAAUCAUGUUCAUUUAUUUUUCACGACACUGGGUUGUCCGAUACUAUCGUAGGCGUCAUCUUACUGUGCGGGUCCUUAUUUAUACUGUGCGUCUGUUUGUUGGGCAUUGUGAAAAUUUUACAUUCAAUGUUGAGAGGACACUUGGCGGUCGUUGUCAAGAAGACAAUCAACGCCGACUUCCCAGGGCACUUCAAGCACCUCACUGGUUAUUUUGCAAUCCUUGUUGGCGCCGGGAUGACAGUUUUAGUACAAUCUAGCUCUGUAUUUACAUCAACUUUGACGCCAUUAGUUGGCGUAGGCAUUGUUACAAUUGAAAGGAUAUACCCGCUAACGCUGGGUGCGAAUAUUGGAACGACGGGGACAGCCAUCCUUGCCGCUUUAGCUGCAACUUCGAACUUCGAUGCGGCUAUUCAGAUAGCCCUGUGUCACUUAUUCUUCAAUGUGACAGGAAUUUUGAUCUUCUACCCAAUUCCGUUUAUGCGAAACAUUCCGAUAAAGUUCGCCAAGAAACUUGGUGAAAUCACGUCCGAGUACCGUUGGUUUGCAGUCCUGUAUUUGUUGUUUUGCUUUUUCCUAUUUCCAGCAGCGAUAUUCGGAUUAUCGGUUGCUGGAUGGGAAAUCAUGCUCGGGGUUCUGUUACCUAUCGUGAUGUUGGCUAUAUUUAUAAUUGUUGUUAACAUCCUGCAGAGAAAAUCGCCGAAUAUCCUGCCAAAGAUGCUACGGUCAUGGACGUGGGCCCCAACCUGUUUUCGUUCACUAAAACCGUACGAUAGUAAGGUCGCAAAGUUCGUGGAAUUUUGGAAGAGGUGCUGCCCAGGUUCACAUUCGAGGAGGAACAGCAAUGCUGAUGACGUUUGUGAAGAGACAUAUAUUACGCAAGUUUAAACUUGUUUCUAGAUUUAAUGUUUAUUUCAAUAAGUUAUUACUUAAGAAUACUUCAUAAUGUUGAAAGCUUGCUUUGCAUCUUUCCGAUAGAAUAAUGCCCAUCUCACCUAAAAACCAACAGCAAUUGCCGAUGGCCAUGCGUAUCGCGGUCGCCAUAGUUUGAUUGGCAUGUGUCUGGAACACAUGUUCAAUAAAUUUCAAUUUGAAAUAAAACGCAAAUAUUUAGAAAUGUCUCAUACACUAGCUCGCAGAAUAAAACAUAUUUGGCAUCAACCGUAGCCGUAGGUAUUAAAAGAUUGUUUUUUUUAAAAGAUUCUAAAAAUUAGGUAUUUUUUUUUACAAUAUUGGCUAUUGUCACGUUGUAAAUUUUACAAUAUGAGCGGCCGUAUUGCGAACGAUUUGCCAUUUCGAUUCACACUGUGAAGAAAUUUCAAAAAUAAACAAGUCCAAUCAUAGGUAGCCCAGAAAUCUGUUUGUGCUCAGCCUUCGACUACAUUGUUUACGCGCGCGGUCAGCUUUUACUGUCUGUACUAAUUACUGUGUUAUAUAUUGAUAAUAUAAUAUCAAUAUAUAAUACAG